AUGGAAGAGUGCUGCGGCUAUUUCGCCGCGUUCGUCUCGUGUGUCGCCUUUGGAACCUUCGCAGUUCCGAUCAAAUGUGCAGCCGUCCGCAAGGUCGAUGUGGAUCCUCUCGUCUUGCAGACUUACAAGAUCGGCAUGACGUUGCUUACGAGCUGGUUGGUCUUGCUCUUUGGUGUACCCUUCACUUUUACUCCUUGGGGUUUUGUUUCCGGCUUGUUUAUGGUCCCGGGGGGCACUGCGGGGUACUUUGCCGUCCAGAACGCAGGUAUGGCUGUAAGUCAAGGCAUAUGGUCGAGUCUUAAAGUAUUGGUCGCCUUUUGUUGGGGCAUUUUGAUUUUUCAUGAGCCUGUCCAUUCCAAGCUGGGGACCACCCUAGCGAUCGCGCUGCUCAUGGUGGGAUUGGCCGGCGUGAGCAUCUUUGCUGCUCCACGGACUUCAACGUCGUCACCACAAGAAGAGCCGCUACUCCCGGAUGUGGAAGAACAAAACCAGCCGGAAAUUGUUGACAAUAAGGACUAUUUGGGCUUUCUGAAACGGAGACACGUUGGCUUACUUGGUGCCGUAAUCGAUGGGGCUUACGGUGGCAGUGUUCUGGUACCGAUGCACUAUGCGGGCCCCAAAACAACGAACGGACUUUCGUACGUUAUGUCCUUUGCCAUUGGUUGCUCAUCCGUCGUGACCAUGGUUUGGGUUUUGCGUCUCCUUUUCAACAGCGUUCAGGGGCAAUCUCUCCGCGUUGGGUACGAUCGCUUGCCGUCGUUGCACGUCACAACAAUAGGGCCGUAUGCAGCCUUGGCGGGGCUAAUAUGGAGUUUGGGAAACGUGAGCUCAAUCUUGACGGUGGCGUUGCUGGGCGAAGGUGUGGGCUACAGUAUUGUGCAAAGCCAGCUUUUGGUGGCCGGUCUCUGGGGCGUGUUUUGGUACAAGGAGAUUCGUGGCAUGCGAGCCAUUGCGAGUUGGUUCACCUUUGCGGUGAUCACGGUUGCGGGUAUUGUGAUGUUGUCUCGGGAGCAUGUACCCGUACCAGCGGAAGCCCCGUGA